AUGAAACCAGCAGCAAUGAAAAAAUUCCGCACAAGUCACUCUUCUCCACUCCCACCCAAUGAACCAGGUACUCCUAAAAGAUCUGUACCUGGGCCAACUUCUCCUCUACAUUUUCUAGAUCUCUUGCUGUUUUCAACUCUUCGACGACCGAUAUUUGUUGAUCCUGCAAUUAAAGCUGGAAUAUACCUUUGUUUAGCAGCUGGAGUUUCUCUCAUAUUUGACUUUGUAAGAGCUCCACCAACUUACUUUUCUAAUAAACAUAAUCCGUUUAAUAAGUUUUUCGUCAAAUUGGGUUGGGCGUGGACAUGUGGUUGUCUUGCAGCUUUCUUAAUUGUUUCGUCUUUUGUGUAUACGGGUGGUAAUAUCAAAUUGAUGCGUGCGCACAUCUUACGCUUGGCUGUCGGUUCUGGUUGUUGGUAUAGUGGUACUGGAUUUAUAAAUUUGAUUCACGAUUGGACAGGUCAUUGUCAUCCAGCCUCUGUAACUCUUUCUAGUGGAUCCCCUCCCAGUCAUCGAAUGUUGUGUCAGCGAGCUGGUGGUGUUUGGUUCGGAUUUGAUAUAUCGGGUCAUUGUUUUCUGUUAGUUCUUUCUAACCUAUGGAUUAUGGAAGAACUAAGAUGUAUGCAACACUGGAACAAACUGUCUGAUAUUCUACAGCUGAAUAAGUAUGAUAACUCAAACUACUCACCUAAUUUCAGUGGUACUCGGCAUGUUUCUGAGCAGCAGCUGAACAUAAUGCGUUCAAGCUAUCGAAGAUUAACAACUGUCAUACGGCUCAUAUUUUCAUUCACUGCUUGCUUGUCGAUGCUUUGGGAUAUCAUGUUCCUUUCAACAGUUGUCUAUUUUCAUACUAUGCCAUCAAAACUUUUGGGGACAGCGCUUGCCGUGGCUUGCUGGUUUUUAUUUUACCGAGUCAUUUUUCGCAGUUGUUCAGCUGGUUCGUGGGGUGGCUUCGCUCCUGGCCUCCCUGGUGAUGGUCCAGUUAAAUUUGUAUGCAAUUAA